AUGACAACAGAGAAUUGUAAUUCAUUUAUUAGAUUUGCCUUAGAUCUUAUAAGAGAUGAAGAUUAUUAUACAAAAACACCACCAAAGAAAGAAUUAAUCAAACCUAAAUUGAUACUAUUUGAAAUUGACGAAAGUCCAAAAAUCUAAACUCCUAUUUAACUAUUUCCUAUUUAAUAAAAAAUAAUAAAAGUUAAGUAAAUAGAAAAGCCAAUUAUAAAUACAAUUACAAAAUGUAAAUGUAUGAAAUCAAAAUGCCAAAAAUCAUAUUGUGAAUGUUUUGCUGUUGGAAAAGCUUGCAAUAUUAAUUGUAAUUGUAUUGGAUGUAAUAAUUCAAGUUGUUCCUAAUCUAUUAAGAAAUUAUAGACUGGAGGAUGUAAUUGUAAGAAAACAGGUUGUUUAAAAAAAUAUUGUGAAUGUUAUUUAAAAAAAUAAAGAUGCACAUUAUUUUGUAAUUGUAUAGAUUGUUGUAAUUAGGAAGAUUCAGAAUAAUUGUAAUAAAAAAGUAUUGAUUGUGGAUUAAUUAUUACUAAUUAAAUAACCUAAAAAUGA